CAAAAACAAAAUAAAGUGUCUUCAAAUUAAAAUUAGAAAAUCGAGCUAGGGUUUAUUUUUUUUUCACAGGAAGAGCGACCUGCAAUCGUUGCGAAGAACCAAAGAUGCCGAAGAACAAGGGAAAGGGGGGAAAGAACCGAAAGAGGGGAAAGAACGAGGCCGAUGACGAGAAACGUGAGCUUAUUUUCAAAGAAGAUGGGCAAGAAUACGCCCAAGUCACCCGCAUGCUGGGCAACGGCCGAUGCGAAGCUAUGUGCAUCGACGGCACCAAGCGACUCUGCCACAUCCGAGGUAAAAUGCACAAGAAAGUAUGGAUCGCCGCUGGCGACAUCAUCCUUGUCGGUCUUAGGGAUUAUCAAGACGACAAGGCUGACGUCAUCUUGAAAUACAUGCCCGACGAGGCUAGGCUUCUGAAGGCUUAUGGAGAGCUACCGGAGAAUACAAGGUUGAAUGAAGGGAUUGCUGGCGGCAUUGAUGAGGAAGAUGAUGGUGCCGGUGAUGAUUACAUUGAGUUCGAGGAUGAGGACAUUGAUAAGAUCUAAAGUUCCUCUUUUUUAUUGUCAUUUCUGAAUUUAUUUUAAGGCUCGAAGAUGCUAUUUGGAAUAUAUUUCUGCUUUAUUAAGCACUAUGGAUGCUGGAUUUAUGUUAUAACACAUGGGUUUACCUUUUUAUCUUAGAUUGUAUUAUGUUUU